AUGUCGAGACGUGUAUUACCUGCAUUACAUGAAAUUGCUAUUCGUCAAGGUUUAGAAAACAUCAAUCAAUUGGGAUAUCCUCAUUGGUCGUUUAUAAAGUUAGAUGAACCCCCAUCACAUGUAUUAACGGUUCAUUAUCAAUUGAAAAAUUUUAAAACCACCUGGGAGUUUUUAAACUCUGUUGCUGAACUUGCUGCUAGUAAGAAACACCAUCCAACUAUAAUCACGACAUACAACAAAGUCGAUAUUCAGUUGACUACACAUGAUAGCGAUAACAAUGUAACUCAAGAUGAUCUUGAUAUGGCAGAGGCUAUCCAAAAGCAGUAUCAUGAAUUAACUAACUAG